CUUGAAUCGCUGUCUGAAACACAGCAACGCCCGUACCUACUACUCACUGUGAUCCCACACACUCAUGUCUCUCUCACGCUUCAUCACUCCUCUCUGCUGCACUUCUGCAACUUCAGAUUCUUUGGUGACUGCAUCAAAUGUAAAGAAGGAAAUGAACAGUACAGCCUUGUGCUUGCAGAGCCUUGAAGACUCUAAAGAAAGAAUCAGGAAAAUGUUCAACAAGGUUGAACUUUCUGUUUCUUCCUAUGACACAGCUUGGUUGGCAAUGGUUUCCUCGCCAACUUCUCCUCAUACCCCAUUUUUCCCUCAAUGCUUGAAUUGGUUGUUGGACAAUCAACUCUUUGAUGGCUCGUGGGCUCUUCCUGGUCACCAUCCAUUAUUGAUGAAUGAUGCUCUCUUAUCCACCUUAUCAUGUAUCCUUGCAUUAAAGCAAUGGGGUGUUGGUGAAGAUCAAAUUAACAGGGGUCUUCAGUUUAUUGAGUCAAACAUUACUUCAAUCAAUGAUGAAAAGCAACACCCUCCAAUAGGAUUUGAUAUACUUUUUCCUUCUUUGAUUGAAUAUGCACAAAAUUUGGGCAUUAACCCUCCAAUUGGCGCCACUACCUUGGAAGCAAUGUUCCAAAAGAGAGAGAGAGAAUUUCAAAGAGGCAGUCAAAGCAAUUCAGAAGGGUGGAGAGCAUAUCUAGCAUAUAUUUCAGAAGGAAUGCGGAAAUCAAAGGACUGGCAAACAAUCUUGAAGUAUCAAAGAAAGAAUGGAUCUUUGUUUAAUUCACCUGCUACAACAGCAGCUGUUUUUCAGCACCUUAAGAACGCUGACUGUCUUAAUUACCUCCAAUCUGUAUUAGAGAAGUUUGGGAGUGCAGUUCCAACAGUUUACCCUCUUGAUAUAUAUGCCCGUCUCUAUAUGAUUGAUAGUCUUGAAAGGUUGGGUAUCAAUCAUCACUUCAAAGAGGAAAUUCAAAGUGUAUUGGAUGAAACGUACAGAUAUUGGCUACAAGGAGAGGAAGACAUAUUCUUAGACCCCACCAUUUGUGCAAUGGCAUUUCGUAUGUUGCGCCUCAAUGGUUAUGAUGUAUCUUCAGAUCCAUUUUAUCAAUAUUCCGAAGAUAAAUUUGCAAAUUCCUUGAAAGGGUACUUGAAGGAUGUUGGUGCAGUUUUAGAGCUAUAUAAGGCUUCACAAGUCAUGGUACAUCCAAAUGAAUCAGUUUUGGUGAGACAAAGUUUGUGGACGAGACAUCUUCUGAAGCAGGAUUCAUCCCCUUUCCGAUUAUAUGCUGAUAAACUUCAAAGUUAUGUUGACCAAGAGGUCAAUGAUGUUCUUAAUUUUCCUUAUCAUGCAAAUUUGGAGCGUUUAUUAAACAGGAGAUCAAUCGAGCAUUACAAUGUAGAGGAAGCAAGGAGUUUAAAAACAUCAUAUAGAUCUUGCAAUCUUGCAAACCGAGAAAUUCUAAAGCUAGCAGUGGAAGACUUCAAUAUCUGCCAAUCAAUACACAGUGAAGAAUUGAAACAACUGUCCAGGUGGGUUGUUGAGAACAGACUAGACAAACUAAAUUUUGCAAGGCAGAAACUGGCCUACUGUUACUUCUCCAGUGCAGCUACUCUUUUCCCCCCUGAACUUUCUGAUGCUCGCAUAUCAUGGGCUAAAAAUGGGGUGCUCACAACAGUUGUUGAUGAUUUCUUUGAUGUUGGAGGUUCUGAAAAGGAGCAAGUAGACCUUAUUCAACUGGUUGAGGAGUGGGAUGUAGAUAUCAAUACUGUUAACUGUUCUGAGACAGUUAAGAUAAUAUUUUCUGCAAUUCACAGCACAGUUUGUGAGAUUGGAGAGAGAUCAGUCAAGCGACAAGGACAUAAUGUGAAAAACAAUGUUAUCAAGAUUUGGUUAAAUUUGAUCCAGUCUAUGUUUAGAGAAGCUGAGUGGUUGAGAACCAAGACUGUGCCAACAAUCGACGAUUAUAUGGACAAUGCUUACAUCUCAUUUGCAUUAGGUCCAAUUGUCCUUCCAGCCCUCUAUCUUGUUGGACCUAGGCUUUCCGAUGAAGUUGCUGAAAAGCAUGAGUUGAAUUGUCUGUAUAAGCUCAUGAGCACUUGCGGGCGUCUUCUUAAUGACAUUCACAGUUUUAAGAGAGAAUCCGAGGAAGGGAAAUUGAAUGCGGUGACUUUGCGUAUAGCUCGUGGCGGUGGAGUUGCAAGUGCAGAAGGUGCCAUUGAAGAGAUGAAAGUUAUUGCUGAGGAAAAGAGAAGAGAACUCCUGAGAUUAAUUUUGCAGGAAAAAGGAAGCUUAGUUCCAAGAGAUUGCAAGGAUUUGUUUUGGAAAAUGAUAAAAGUGUUGCACCUAUUUUACAUGAAGGAUGAUGGAUUUACUUCACAUGACAUGUACUCUAGUGUGAAUGCAGUAAUUAAAGAUCCUGUGGUCCUUAAUGAAUUGUAGGUACAUGAUUAGCAAAGCCAUAGUUCUCUGUCAAAGCCACUGGUGUGAUGCCUUAGUUCAAUAGGACAUAGACAUGACAAGCCAUAACUGCAAUUACUUUUGGGUGAUCAUUGUGUAUGAAUAGAAAUGGCCAAAUCUUUCCUAGCACUU